GCUUGUGAUUAUAACAAACGAGCCUGGUAUCUUAUGUUGCACCCUCCCAUUGAACUGCGACAAGUCCGAUCGCUUGAUCUCAGUUGACAAAACAUUCUAUUACCCCCCAAUGAAGUGGAUGCAUCGGCGACACUGAACCGUUGUAUUAAUGAACAUGGGUGGUCAGCUCUGAUUGGUUGCUUAUGAGUACGCUCAGCCAGCCUCACAAGCUAACAUCUGCCUUGCUCUAAAGACAUCUCUUUGCGGUCAAUUGUUCCUCUUCCUAGUUAUCUAAGUUGAGGGCCGUUACUGAUACCGGCAUCAAAGACACCCGAGUUGCACCACAAGCAUGGCGUCCACAUGCUACCGGUAUACCCCGCUAUCGUCCACAUCAUCUCUCCGUCUGCUUCGCCUCAAGAGUCCGCUUAGUGCACAACGUCCAAAUGAGCCCAUCGAAAUCGAGUUGUUCGAGACAUCCUUCGAGAAUGCACCGACGUUUGAAGCAGUGUCCUAUGCAUGGGAUCACGCAAGCACGUUUACCACUUUGGUUUGCAAUGGGCAGCAUUUACACGUUUCGCCGGUCGUUUCGGAAAUGGUGUUUGCUUUGAGCUGCGUCAGUACGACUGGAGUAUUCUGGAUUGACGCUGUGUGCAUAGACCAGUCGUCUGCGACCGAUAAGAAUAUUCAAGUGCCACGCAUGCGACUUAUCUUCUCAGAAGCAAGAAAGGUGUGGAUCUGGCUCGGCAAAGGAUCCUUCGAAAGUACAGUGGCAUUCAGAUUUCUAAUCGAGAUGUACUCGUAUUCUUGCGGUCAACAGGUAGAGCCCACUAACACUAUGCUGGCAAAGAAGUGGUGGAAUAGCCUUCGGACGUAUCAGGAUACGAUUCGAGAAGCUCGUGGUGUAUACGAUGCGGUUGACACUGACUUCAUAAUCGAUGUUAUACGCUCGCCUUGGUUUCACCGCACUUGGACGAUUCAGGAGGUUGCUUUAGCAAGAUCCGCCACACUUGUAUGUGGAGGCAUCACGUUAGAGUGGAGCUCUUUCUUGGAUAUAUUGAAGCGAUUGCAACAGUCACUUAGCGAUCAGCCAACCCACGGAGUAGGAAUGAAGCAACACCUAAUCUCUAACCCGGCAACGUUCUUCGACGAUAUCAGGACCUAUAGCACAAUGACGGAAGUUGUGCUCCAUCACAAGCCCUUGCCUUUAUCUCGCGCCCUCGAUUUGGUUCGUCACAAUCACUCGACUGACCCAAAGGACAAGGUAUACGGUCUAUUUGGCAUCUUCGACUACCUGGAGAUAAAGGACCUACCGCAAGUAGAUUAUACGUGCUCGGUACAGCGACUCUACUAUGAGAUGACACGAACUAUCUUCCGAAAUGAUGGACAAUUACUUGUUCUGUACCUGACCGCCCUACCCUCGCACGUCUCUGAUUUGCCAACGUGGAUUCCAGACUACAGCAACACCGAGUAUAUUAGAUACAUCGACGCCAACGAACACAGAGCUUCGAAAAGAUCAUGUGCUGAAUUCUCGUUCGGCCUCUCCGAUCUCUCACUGUCAGUUUCUGGAGUACUACUUGACGAGAUCGAUUUGCAAGCAUCAUCUACGUCUAUAUGUACCCCGGAUUUCCGUCAAGGUUUCGCAGCAAGGUCGAACUUGAGCAGCACCAAAGAGCGCUACACAGCAGUCACAGAGCUCAUUCGAACACUGCAAUCAUGGGUUGAUGUUAGCAGGAGGGUCGAAUGUUAUCCCACUGGCGAAGAGCCAAGUACAGCAUUUUACAAGAUCAUGACGCAGCCUCUUCGGUCGGGAUCGCAGAAUUGGCCGAUGCCUACCACUUCAAGGACUACGAAAGACAUAUUCGAGUGGUGGCUGUCCAUUGUAACCACAAACCUCUCGGAAGACCCUUCGCGAUUUCAUCUCGACAUUACCAAGAUUGAAUCUGACUCCAACUCUGCUGCGAUCGUCAAUGAUUAUAUCCGACUGUUCGGGUGCUCCCAAGAUCCUAGAGAUUGGUCUGCUGAGCUCCAAAUUCGACUUCUGCUUCGCGCGCGUGAUCAGGCCUUGUCAACUCUUCAGCACGACAUCUCACUGUUGUCGUACCAGAGAACAUUCUUCACGACGAGCGCUGGUUACAUGGGUGUAGGACCUCGCUGGGCCCAGCCAUCAGACCGCAUUGCAUUGAUCGCUGGCCUACAACUUCCUUUCAUCCUCAGAAAGGCUGGAGAUAAGUUCAAUCUCGUAGGCCCUGCCUAUAUACAUGGGAUUAUGCAGGGCGAGCGGUGGGAUGGGGAUUCUGCAGAAAAGAUCACUCUUAUCUAAGUCUGCAGUUGCAGGAAUUACCAGUCUCAGUGCACCCUACCCAUUGCCUGCAACGUUUGUCUUCGCGAUCGCGCAACUUGCCCCUACGUCAAGCAAUCU